AUGCGGAGCCUGCGCGGAGCCCCGCCGGCGCUGCCGCCGCUGCUGCCGCUGCUGCUGGGGCUGCUGGCGCUGCUGCUGGCCGCGGGACACGGAGCCAUCAUCACCGGGGCCUGUGACCGAGACCAGCAGUGCGGGGCCGGGAUGUGCUGCGCCGUCAGCCUCUGGAUCCGCAGCCUCAGGAUGUGCACCCCCAUGGGCAGCCUGGGAGACGACUGCCACCCCCUGAGCCACAGAGUGCCCUUCCCGGGGCGGAGGAUGCACCACACCUGCCCCUGCCUGCCCAGCCUGGCCUGCCUCAGGACUGCUCCCAGCAGGUUCAGGUGUCUGCCAGACUUCAGGAAAGAAGAUGUCUUCUUUUAGCAGGAACUGUUCUGCACUCCAAAGAGCCACUCAGUAUUUUUGUUCUCUCGUUGCCGUGACCAAAAAAAGGGGUACUUGCCAGGGGAAACCCUGAACCCCACUUCCCUGCCUCACCAACAUCAGCUGGAGAUGAGACACUGCUGUUGUGGCCAAGGUUUUCAGGAGGGACUCGCAGUGGAGGAUGAUUUCAUUUUGGGGUAGCCAAACAACAUCUACUAGAGCAAACCUCUCUCUGAGGGCAGGGGCUUGACCAUUCCUGAAUAAAUUUGUGGGCUUCAUGGUUCUAGUAUAACCCCAGAAUGAAAACAUCCAAGUUUAUUGCCAGUUUUGGAAAAAUUUGGCCACAUCUUUACACUUUGGAAGACCUGAAUUGAACUGAGAGUUGGAUAACAGCAGAGUGUGAAGCGUGUGACAAUUGCCAAAACAACUGUAUUUACAUUGCAUUUCAUAUCUUUAUUAAUAUAAUUUUAUUUGUAAGUUAGGCACACCUCUAGGGUAAAGGUUUAACCAAUAGAUGUAGUUUUUACACUUUUAAAAAGUGGCACGUGGAAACAGAACAUUUCAGUAUUCAGAGCAUUAAAAGAUUUACUUAUUUUAGUGUUCUAAGAUGAGAAGCUGUUGUUACUUGAGUUGGUGUAAAACUACCUGAUCAUCUCAAACUAUGUAUUAAGAUGUAGUUUAUAUUAAAGAAAAAAGGAACCCUGAAGUUUAUUUUAAUAGGCUGCCUGACUUCUUGUAUAUGUAUCAAAUUUGCUGUGCAAAAAUUCUGUAUCAGAAUAA